AUGCUCUCUCCCGCGAAAGAGAACUGGAGAGCCGCCAUAAACAGGGUCACGAACCAGCCAGCAAGUGGAAAACCCCGUACCACACGUUGCGCACACCAGAUCCGUGAGCGACUCUAUCUCUCGGAUUACUGGACAGCAAAGGACGCAGAAGAGAUUGGGAAAUUGGGAAUAACCCACAUCGUUUCAGUCAUUGAUCGACCCCCGACUCAACUACCUGAAUCAAUACCACAAAGCAACCGACUGCAAGUCUCCAUUAAGGACUAUUCUGACGCGGACAUACUCGUUCAUCUAGAGGAAACAACCAACUUUAUUGCCAGGGUGUUGGCAGAGAAUGAUACAAACAAGGUGCUGGUGCACUGUCUGCAAGGCAUAAGCCGGAGCGCCACAGUCGUCUGUGCCUACCUGAUUGCGACGGAAGGGAUGCAAUCACACGAAGCGAUCGAGCAUGUCCAGUCCAUUCGAAACGUCGUCUGCCCCAAUCUCGGUUUUCGACUGCAGUUGUUACAAUACGCCGACAGGUUCCCGAAGAAAGAAGAACAGAGAAUGAGUCCUGUGGUGACGGAGUUUGUCCAGCGCAUUCGGAAAGCAUUGGCGAUGCCGUCGAAGAGAUCUUCCAAGGAGGUACAAACGCCCUCGUUGCCGGUGGUGCCAGCUGCAGGGGCUUCGUAG